AGUUGUAUAUCGCAAGCGUUACGGAUAACAUCUCUUCUUGAGCGCUUUCAAACAAAAUUAAUUUUAGAGGUAAAUCUGUGCGUCUUUUUAUUUAGUAUAAAUAGAAAAUCAUAUAAUCUGGCAACGCGCUGGCAAGUAGCUAAUUUAAAACAGCUAAAUCCAGCCAGCGAGCGCUGUGAGUAAUGCGCGUGUUCUCGAUAUACUUGCAGCGCGCGUUGAACAGCAGCGAAACUACGGCGCGCGCCUGUCAUCCGAUCAAAAAACCAAUUCUCAAUAUGCAGUGAUGUUUCUAGCCGCGAAUUGCUGCGCAUUCAGUAUUAGGUUAUAGCGCGCAGCUAAUAGACGUACAGCGCAGUGCAUAGUGCGCGUUACGCUGAACGACAGUGUGAGUAACAGUAAAAUCAUUAAAAACACACAUAUACACACGCCCGCCUUGUCCUACGUUAUAUUGUUGAUAUAAAUACAAAACUAAUAAAAUAUCUCGCAUAAUUUGAGUAUUUGGAAGAUUUACUCAUCGCAGCGCGCACAGUAGCGUCAUGCUUAGGUGAUUCCUCCUGCCUCUGCCUACUAAGCGCCGACUAUGUAUACUCGCAUGAGGUAAAUACAAAUGUCGCAGAUAUAUUCUGCUCAUAAAUGCGCGCUACUGAUUUGGUUCUGUUGGAGAGCGCGUUAUAAAAAUACCAUUGCGAUGCCAUGCGGUUUAGCGGCAUUCUGAUGCGCGUUCAGCGAGUGGGGCGAAAUGAAAGUGCGAUGCGUGCAUAGCUGCGAACAAUUCUGAUAAAUGGAUAUUUUUAGAAUGCAUGUGUGAAUUUGAAACGGUAGCAACAAAGGCAACGGCAAGAGCAGCAUAAAUUAAUAUAAAAAAAACAAGGAGGAGGAACAAAUGACAAAGAUUCGGCAACGCAUAAAUGUGUGUGUAAAAAUAUAUUAUUGUUAAAUUAGUGAAUUUUAAUAAACGCUGAGGGCGGCCACACUACACGGAUUUCCUGUUGUACAGAAAACGAAAAUAUCGAGAAAAAAUAUAGAAAAGUUAGUAGCUAGUGACGGUUUCGAUUAACUUCAAGAAGACCAAGUACCGGCGCAGCGUGUAAUGAAAUUACGGUGAUGAAAGCAAAUACUAAUAAAUUACAAUAGCUCACUUGAAAUUGUAAUUACAAAGGAGGAGUGUUGAGUGGUUAAUGUAAAUUAAAAAAAAAUAUAAAACAAAAAGUAAAUAUAUAUAUUCAAAUUUAUAUAAAAAAAAACAAAAAAAUAUAUAAAAUUCGAAAUAUUUAAUUCUCCAAAAACGAAGAAACACCAACCAAAUCAAAUUGACUAAAGUGGCAAUACAAUUUGUUGAAAUUUUUCCGGCCUUUUCCUUUACUAGUACUAUAUAUUAUAUAUAUGUAUGUAUGUACAUGCACACAUAUGUAUGUAUGUGAUUCAAUAAAAGCAAAUAAAUAUAACCCGCGGCUAUAAAGUGAAUGAUUGCAGUGCUGCUGAAGACAGUUUCAUACGAUUGAGGCUAUGAAUUUUACCCAAAAAAAAAAAAAAACAAGUGACUGACUGAGCGAUUUAUUAGUCAAGCGGUUGUCAGCCGCUCCAGGAGUACUUGCAGUUGGAUUGAAGAAUUGAAAAUUUGCUGCCACAUAGCGCACAAUACUCCUGCUCUACUCUAGAAUAAUGCAUGAUUGCACACCAUUAUUAGCCAGCAGCCAACGCACAAUGGAUGAAUGUAAAAGCAGUAAAAUUGGUAGCCGCAAAGAUAAGUAUGCAUUGCGAGAACGCCAAAAGCGACGACUUGGAUUGGCGAGUGUGGUCGACCUGCCGAAACGUUCAAACCACAGGGACGAAAUCGAAACGACCGCAGGACGGCAGCGCACACAAAACAACACACCGGCCAAAUCGAAAGCGCCCCCACUGAGCAAAUACCGUCGGAAAACCGCUAAUGCACGUGAACGUACACGCAUGCGUGAAAUCAAUACCGCAUUUGAGACCUUACGGCACUGUGUGCCCCAAAGCAUAGCUGUGGAUGAAGCGGGGCCGGUCAAUGAGAAACUUACCAAAAUAACAACACUACGCCUGGCUAUGAAAUACAUUGGUAUGUUGUCAGAGGUGCUAAAUAAUCCGGAUUACAAAGGUGAACUACCACUAGACUUUCUAAAUGCGAAUGAUACGGAACCAAUGAUAAAACAAGAAUCAGCGGUACUCACACAACCAUGCAAAGUUUACACAAAAUCAGCUGCUGCAGCAACGAAGAAUAGCAAACGAAUUAGCAAAUCGGGAACUGCUCAAAAAACCAAAAGUGCUGUGAUUCAAAAGCCGCCAAAACUUUUAGGAAAGCGAAAGAAAAAAGACACGAAAAUCACACCCGUCAACCUGCCGCGUAACAGUCUUUCGUCGAAUUCGAGCAUUGGCUCCUCCACUUCCUCUUCAUUUGUUACCUGCAGUGGUGAUUCAUUAUCAUCACACUCAUCAAGUUUCCUGGAUAGUAUAACCAGUCCAAGUUAUUCCAGUAAAUAUACACCCGCAAUGUCGGACCUCAAUAAUCUCACAUUGGAAUCGGAUGGCGAAUCACUACAUCUUUCUGAUCCCUGUCACAGUCCAAUGCAAGAAAAAUACGAUAGACUAUUCGGCAACAGUGCUUUGGAUGCACGAUCAUCAGUGGAACAUAAUAUUUUAAGUGAUAUCGACGCGCCGCUGGAGCUAAGUUUACAAUUCCUUGGCACAACACCCGAAUCUCUGGACUUUUCUAUGGAGCAACCGCCAACCACCUGCAUAAGUCCCCUAGUAGCUUUGGACGCAUUUAAUCCGUUUAGCGAUUUUCUACAUGAAUAUCCAGAGCAAUCUUCGUUAGAUCUAUUUCUAACAUAACACGACACCUUACGUUUUCAUCUUUUUAGUUUAAAUUCACUUUAGUUGAUUUAUCACUGUAAAGCCUAUAUCACAAAUUUUCACGUGGCCAUCACUAGUAUAUUAUAAUUCUUUCAUAAUUUUAUUCAGUAAUAAUUGCUUUUUUUAAUUAAUAAACAAAAAAUUGCAUUUAACUUAACUGAACUGAAUAAUUGCGUGGCAGUCGGAGCUAACAAUACUUAUUUUAAUAACAUUAUGAUCUGAUUUAAUGCAUUACUUUUACGUCCCUAUUAAACGGCGUUGACUGUAUUUGAAACUAUUUUCAUAUUUUUUUAUAUAUUAUAUAGGAGACUAAGCUAACCCAUUGAGAUUGUUUUGUAUGUAAAAUAGAGAUUUUUAUGUUGAUAUUUUUCUAUUAAAA